AAUGAAACGACGCGUUUUAUAUUAACUUUUUUAUUAAAAAGAUGGGGUUCCAUCGACUCGAACUCGUGCACUCGGGUUUAAUGGUAGGGGUUUUUGCCACUGAGCUAGUGGACUUUGCAAUGGAUAUACGAACACAGUUUCUUUUAUUCUCUUUGAAUCCGAGUUAAAUGAAUCAAAAAGAAACGACGGCGUUUUCUCCUCCGAUUGGUAUAAACCCUAAAUGGGCGAAAUCAUAAAUCCAGUUCGCGAUUCAAGCUCGAUUCUCUUCGAUCUCGUCCUUAAGAAUCUCGAUUCUCAUCUCUCCUUCUUCGAGUAUCGCAUGAUGAGUUCGGGUUGUGAGGAUUCGUCUGUGAAUACGAUGGGAAUUCGUGGUAUCCCGGAGCAAUGCGGCUGUGGUCGAAGAACUGGGAUAUACACAUCAAAAACGAAGGUCAAUCCAGGAAGAACUUUCUUUAGAUGCCCAACGUUUCAAAAUGAUCACUUGUAUAAAUGGGUAGAUGAAGCUGUCUACGAAGAGGUUCAAGAUGCAUUGCCAAAAGUUGAGUGCUUUGCAUCAGAUGUUAUGAAACUUAAAAUGGAGAUCGAAAGCAUGAAAACCGUGGAGGAAGAGUUGAAAGAAGAUGUCAGGAAGGCGAGCAAUGAACUUAAGAAGCUGAAUGUGAUCAUGAAAGUGGGUUUUUCGGUCGUUUGUUUAUGCGGUGUGGUAUGUCUUGUGUUGAUCAUGUUUGACAAAGCAUAUGGGUUGUCUAUGAAUAGCUACUAGGAGACUCUGUUUAUGUAAGGCUAUGUUUAUGUAAGACUCAUGGUUCAUGUAAGGCUAUGUUUUAAGACAAUGUUUCAGUAAUGUUUAUGUUUUACUUCUUGAUUGUUUAUAGAAGGACAAAUGAACACACCAAUGAACAGACCAUCAUGAUGAAAACACAAAGAUAAUAACCGACAGUUUCAAAUUAAAACAGCAGGAAGAAAAGAAAGAAAAAGGUAGUUCUUGUUCCAAAAGCAUUCAGACAGAGACACUAUCAUAAACAACACACAACGAAAGCAUUCAGACAGAGACCAUCAUAAACAACACACAAGCAUCUAAAAAAACCAUCUUCCCCACGCUGCUGUCUGUGAUGCUUCAGCUUGUGAGGAUUGAGGAACUUCCCAUCGUGAUGAUUGAGCUUGUGAGGAUUGACCUUCUGAAGAUUGAGGAACUUCCCAUGCUGAUGCUUGAGCUUGUGAGGAUUGAUUUUGUGAGGUUUGAGCUUCUGAAGAUUGAGCUUGUGACUCGCCAAAGUGUAGUCCCUGCAACAUAUAAAUGAAUUGUUAGACACAUUACCGAGAGCUAAAAAACAAUGAGAUAGAAACUAAGACCCUAACCUGAUAUUUCCUUGGUCUGCCUCUUGGUUU